AUGUAAAAAAAACGUUAUUUGAGAAAUUAGAUAAUAAAAUCUGUCCGUUUGCAAAAGAAACCCAGUGUCUGAAGUCGGCUGGAUCAUCACAAUAUACAGAUUAUAUUACUAUCACAUUGUAAAAGGCUCGAUAUCAUGUGCAUCGUUUCCAGGGGACAGAGGCUGUUUCAGAUCUUUUGAAACAUGAAGAUCUCCCCAGAAGGAGUCUGUACAGAUCGGGUUUAAGAUAUUGAAUAUUUUUAGAAUAUUUGAAGAAAUCCAAAUCUCUGGAGGCGAUGUUACAUAAAAAAAUAAGUGUCUUAAGACUCUAGUUCUGUGUUUCAGGGUCGAAAAACAAAAAGUCUGAAACCUCUUGUGCAACUUGUUCACUUUAACUUCACAGAGAAACACGAGCAGUGCGGGUUUGAGUCAAAUACUGUAAAUGACAGGAACUCAGCUCCCAAACAGCAGAUCUGCUUGAAAUGAUCCGUCGGUGUUGUGUGUGUCUUUGAGUGGACGGUGACUCAUUCAUCCAGCCUGCACAGCCAGAGAGAGAGAGAGAGAGAGAGAGAGAGAGAGAGAGGAACAACCACAGUGCCAAACUUGAGGCCAACCUCUCUCCUCCCAUCUCAUUCUUUCCUACAUGGGCACUCACAGUUUGCAGACAGCGCAGUAACAGACCGAACUCUGUUGGAGAACGAAGACAGACACUCACAUCACCGGAAGACAAAGAGAACUAAGAGAAGAUCCAACAAAAAUCCUCGGAGCAAACUUCUCUCAUCCUCUCAGCAGCUCUCAAAAGUAACAGAUCGGUGCAAUGGCGACACCCAAAACCACUCCGCGAGGUGCCAGCUCACCAAUAUCCCCCAACCGCAUCACCCGGCUGCAGGAGAAGCAGGACCUGUCCAACCUCAACGACCGUCUGGCCGUGUACAUCGACAAGGUCCGCUACCUGGAGAACGAGAAUGCCGGCCUGCGUCUGCGCAUCACCGAGUCCGAGACGGAGGUCAGCCGGGAGCUGACGGGCCUGAAGGCCGCCUACGAAACCGAGCUGGCCGAUGCCCGUCAGACCCUGGACUCCGUGGCCAAAGAGCGAGCCCGUCUGCAGCUGGAGCUGGGAAAGCUGAAAGACGACUACAAGGAGCUGAAAGCCAGGAACACCAAAAAGGAGUCCGAGUUGGCCGGAGCGCUGCAGAGAGUCAAAGACCUGGAGGCUCUGCUGAACUCGAAGGACGCGUCCCUGACCACGGCUCUGGGGGAGAAGCGUAACAUCGAGGUGGAAAACAGGGACCAGAGGGCCCAGGUUGCCAAGCUGGACACCAGUUUGAGCGACGCCAAGAAGAAGCUCCAGGACGAGAUGCUGAGGAGAGUGGACGGAGAGAAUCGCAUCCAGACUCUCAAGGAGGAGCUUGAGUUCCAGAAGAACCUCCAGGCGGAGGAGCUGCGGGAGACAAAGCGGCGUCAUGAGUCUCGUAUGGUCGAGUUGGACAACGGCCACCAGCAGGAGUUUGAGAGCAAACUGGCGGAGGCGCUGGUGGAGUUGCGUUCCCAGCACGACCUGCAGAUCAAAAUGUACAAGGACGAUAUUGGGAAGACCUACAACUCUAAGCUGGAAAACGCUCGCCAGUCGGCGGACAGGAGCAGCCACCUGGUGGGAGAAGCACACGAGGAGCUGCAGCAGACACGGAUCCGCCUGGAGUCCUCGUCGUCUCAGCUCAGCCAGCUGCAGAAACAGCUGUCGGCCUGUGAGGCGAAGGUGAGGGACAUGGAGGCCGCUCUGUCUCGGGAGCGGGACACCACCCGUCGCCUGCUGGGAGACAAGGACAGAGAGAUGGCCGAGAUGAGGCAGCGGAUGCAGCAGCAGCUGGAUGAGUAUCAGGAGCUGCUGGAUGUCAAGCUGGCUCUGGAUAUGGAGAUAUGUGCCUACAGGAAGCUGCUGGAGGGGGAGGAGCAGAGACUGCGACUGUCCCCCAGUCCUCCGCCCACUAGAGUGGCAGGAAGUCGUUCCUCUACCUCGGCAGCUCACUCUCGAUCCGUCCACUGCAGCGCUCAGAGCUCUCCCACCAAGAGGCGCCGGGCCAACGACACCGACAGCGAGGCCUCCAGCUUCGCAGGAGGAGCUGUGGCCCGCACUCGCAUCACCCAGCAGGCGUCGGCCAGCGGGCGGGUCACUGUGGAGGAGGUGGACCAGGAGGGGAAAUAUGUCCGACUCAGCAACAAAGCAGAUGAGGAUCAGAAUCUAGGGAGCUGGCAGGUGAAGCGACAGGUGGGGUCGGGCGCAGCCAUCAGCUUCAAGUUCCCGACUAAAUUCACCCUGAAGGCCGGGCAGAGGGUGACGAUCUGGGCCUCUGGUGCUGGCGGAGCCCACAAUCCUCCCUCUGACCUGGUGUGGAAGACUCAGACGUCCUGGGGCACCGGGGACUUGUUCCAGACGACUCUGAUCAGUGCCAGCGGAGAGGAAAUGGCAAUGAGGAAAGUCACCCGCAUACAGUUUGAAGACGAGGACGAUGACAUGCAGGUGGCUCACAGCACUUGCGGGGACGGUGAGUACAACCUGCGGAGCCGGACCGUGGUCUGCGGCUCCUGCGGACUUCCCUCGGACAAAUCCAGCAACUGCUCCGUGACCUCGGCCUCCCGCUCCUUCCGCAGCGGAGGCAUCUCCGAGGGUUUACUGCCCCACUCCUACGUGUUCAGCAGCAGCACUCCUCGCAGGGCUGGAUCCAGAGUGGAGACCUGUCCAAUCAUGUGAGCCCCGGGAUCAGCGAUGGAAACACGUAGACUCUGUUAGUUUUCAGUUAUUUAGUCCUUUAGUUAAAAGUCGUAGUUUUUAAGUCCAUUUCCUGUGAGUAAUUCCCAAGAUCUUGUAUGCAAUAAAACUUUAUACUGCUUUUUUAUAAUGUACAUAGGCAUGCAUACAACAUAUAUUCUUGAAUUUAAAUGGCGAUGUAAGCAGCCAUUUUUAUUUUUAUUGGUGUCAUUAAGAAUUGGAAACUUCUGCCAGUUUUCCACCCGACAGUAAAAGAAGAAACUAGCAGCAAUUUUAACACAUUAACAAAUUAAAGCAACAGUUUGGUCAAAUUUAUUCUAAAAGAAUGUUACUGGUAAAUUAGUGGUGGGUGAAAUUCACAGCUACUGUAACUUUAAAGAUCAGGCUUGACUUAUUAUACUAUCACAUCAGAUUCGCAUCACGCUCUGUAAACAUACUGACGCAGCAGGGCUGCAGGGAACUGAGUAAAUUUCUUCUGGAGUUAAAGUAAAGUGACUCCAACCCUGCAGAUCCACAGAAUAUUAUGUAUUUUUGACUGAUUUUAAUAAACAUGUUUUCAGAAA